AUGGCUACUCUGAACACCAAGACCGGCCAGACGGUCGACCGCUCGACGCUCGAGUCGAUGCUCCGCCGCCGCCUCUUCUACACCCCCUCCUUCGAGAUCUAUGGCGGGGUUUCUGGCCUGUACGACUACGGCCCGCCUGGCUGUGCGCUGCAGGCGAACAUUGUUGAUCUGUGGCGGAAACACUUUGUGCUGGAGGAGGACAUGCUGGAGGUCGACUGCACCAUGCUGACCCCGCACGAGGUGCUCAAGACCAGCGGCCACGUCGACAAGUUCGCCGACUGGAUGUGCAAGGACCCCAAGACCGGCGAGAUCUUCCGUGCUGAUCACCUGGUCGAGGAAGUCCUCGAGUCGCGCCUCAAGGGAGACAAGGAGGCCCGCGGCGAGAAGGUCGUCGUCGACGAAGAGAAGGAGGCCAAGAAGAAGAAGAAGGUUAAGGAGACCAAGGCCGUUAAGCUUGAGGAUGCGGUCGUCAAGGAGUACGAGGAGGUCCUGGCGCAGAUCGAUAACUUUGACGGCGACGGCCUGGCAACCCUCAUCGCCAAGUACGACAUCCGCAACCCGGCCACCGGCGGCAACCUGCUGCCCCCCGUCGCCUUCAACCUGAUGUUCCAGACUUCCAUCGGCCCUAGCAGCAACAUGCCCGGUUAUCUGCGUCCGGAGACCGCCCAGGGCCAGUUCCUCAACUUCCAGAAGCUGCUCGAGUUUAACCAGCAGUCCAUGCCCUUCGCCUCCGCCUCCAUCGGCAAGUCCUUCCGUAACGAGAUCUCCCCGCGCGCCGGGCUGCUGCGUGUGCGUGAGUUCCUCAUGGCCGAGAUCGAGCACUUUGUCGACCCCGCUGGGGGCAAGAAGCACCCCCGCUUCGUGGAGGUCAAGGAUGUCGAGAUGGCGCUGCUCAACCGUGACGUUCAGCUGUCUGGCAGCACCAAGGUUGAGCUGAUGACCAUCGGCAAGGCCGUCGAGACCGGUCUCGUCGACAACGAAACCCUCGGCUACUUCCUCGCCCGUAUUCAGCUGUUCCUCGAACGCCUGGGCGUCGACAAGACCAAGCUCCGCUUCCGUCAGCACAUGGCCAACGAGAUGGCCCACUACGCCGCCGACUGCUGGGACGCCGAACUGCAGACCAGCUACGGCUGGAUCGAGUGCGUCGGCUGCGCCGACCGCAGCGCGUACGAUUUGUCGGUUCAUAAGAACAAGACCGGCGCCCCGCUUGUUGUCCGGGAGACCCGUGCGGAGCCCCUCAAGAUCGAAGAGUGGCAGAUCGACCUGGAGAAGAAGAAGUUCGGCCCCCGCUUCAAGAAGGACAGCAAGACCGUCGAGGCCGCCGUCGAGGCCCUCUCCCAGGAACUCCGCGAGAAGCUCUCCCUCGAGCUCGCCGAGACCGGCAAGGUCGUGCUUGAUGUCGAGGGCGUCGCCUCCGGCAAGGUUGAGCUGGAGAAGGACCUCAUCACGAUCGAGAAGCGCACGCGCGUCGAGAACGUCCGCGAGUACACCCCCAACGUCAUCGAGCCAUCCUUCGGUAUCGGCCGCAUUCUCUAUUGCUUGAUGGAGCAUGUCUACUGGUCUCGUGCCGGCGAUGAAGCUAGAGGAGUCCUUUCUUUCCCCCCCGUCGUUGCACCCAGCAAGGUCCUGCUUGUCCCCCUCUCGACGCACGCCUCUUUCCGCCCGCUCUGCCAGCGCCUGACGACUAAACUGCGCCGCCUCGGUGUCUCGAACCGGGUCGACGACUCCUCAGCCAGCAUCGGCAAGCGGUACGCGCGCAAUGACGAACUGGGCACCCCCUUCGGCAUCACAGUCGACUUCCAGUCUGUGAAGGACAACACCUUCACGCUGCGCGAUCGUGACAGCACCAAGCAGGUGCGCGCCAGCGAAGACGAGAUCCUACAGGCUCUCAAGUCGCUGGUCGAGGGCGACGAGACCUGGGAGGACGUGCGCAAACGCCUCCCUGAGCUCCUUUUUUUUUUACCUUUCUCUUUCCAAAAGUUUUAUAGUCCCACGAUGGCGCCUACCUUUGCGUCGGCCAAACUGACGCUGUCGUGUCCGCUCUUCGCGGCGGACUUCGACCCGCGAAAUCAGGGGUUUCUCCUUGUUGGAGGAGGAGGAGGAGAGGGACGCAGCGGGGUGGGAAAUAAAAUAAUUGUCGAUAUCGAGCUGUCGCGCGACGAGGACUCGGUGACCUCUCUCGCCGCGGCGUAUGCGGAUGACGACUCCGUGGUCGCUCUGGCAGGUAUAAAUAGCUCGCAGGCGGACCAGCUCCGUGGAGAAAACCGUCAUCUACGGUCGUUUAAGAUCGAUUACCCCCAGAAAGUCGCCAACGACGACAAAACGAAUGAUAAGACCGAGGAGGAAGCAAGCGAAAAGAAGGCAGCGCCCAAGACAACAACCCCGCUGUCUCAGGUAUCGCUGUUCAGAAGCAAAGCCCGCAAGGGCAAGGCAGAUACCUACCAGCGCAUCCUGAGGCUGUCGCCUUGGCGUGGCGCUGAGAGGGCGCGCGUAGGCGUUGUUGCGACGGGGCUGGCGCCCUCUGGAGAGAUUGUCUUCUUCAGCGCGACCUCAUCGUCGCCUUCCAGCACAGACGUCGUGGGCCGCAUACAACUCGGUGACGGGGAGGAGGCCGAGGAUGUCGAUAUCAUCGAUUUGCCGGACGACAAUGACACGGGCAAGUUCCGCGUGGCAUAUACAAAUGGAGUUGACAUCUUCACCUGCGAGAUCUCCAGCGAGACUCGCUCCAACGUCGCGCCAGAGGUGCGGUGUGUGCUCAAGACGCCGCUGCUCUCGGGCCAGAACCAGACGAGACCGAAAUUCCGCGCGCUGCGGUUCCUAUCCCCGACUGCAUUACUCGUGCUGCGGAACGCUCCCAACCGUACAGGCUGCGAGCUCGUUCUCGUGCAGUUACCCCCCACCACUGGUGCUGGUGCUGAAAUUACCGCCGGGGCGUCAGGCAAGAUUAUCCAGCGCCGUAAGCUCCGCCGGGCCAUGAAGAUGGGCCUAGGGAUGGACGUCUGCAAUCUAGGCGCGAAUGAAAAGGGCGAGCAACAGUCUAUUAUCGCCGUGUCUGGCGGCGACCAGUCCAUUGAAAUCUGCACGGUCGAAUACUACCCCAGCAGUGGCAGAAAGCAAGGGCAACAGCAAGAGCAGCUCCAACAACAGGGCUCCUCCUACAGUAAGCUACGGCUCUACACCACAUUGCGUGACGUGCACCCCUUCUCGAUGACGCAGCUGCGCUUCUCGACCUUCACGCCUCCCACCCACCCGAUCACCUCGGCCGUGGGGCCGCAAGCCGUGCGCCUCGCCUCCGUCAGCAUGGGCAACACGGUCGUCGUGCACCGUCUGCCGCUCUCCCCGUACCCGCCCAACAGCCGCUCCUCACGCUACGUCUUGCACAGGCCCGGUCCCUCCCAACACUGGGAAACAGCGUACAGCUGCGCCGUGGCCUUGUUCAUGAUCCUCCUCGCCUGUGCAGCCCUGCAGGCCUUCACUGAGAUCCGUGGCCUUACCCCUCCCCAUCUUGGCGCUACGAACUGGUUGCCCACUCGGGUCCGUGAUGUCGUCGCCCGCCCUUAUAUGUUUGCCCAUCUCCACCCGGAACUCACUCCGAGCGGUGUCCCUUCUUCUUCUUCUUCUUCUUCUGAUAUUCCCUCUGUACAAGUCCCGCAUCGCUCAUUGCGAGACCUGCUCCGUGCUCGCGAAAUCAACGCCAAAGAGAUUCCCGACGGGUCUUCUGCUAUCCUCGUCACCGUCGACGGUGGGAACGUCCUCGUUCAAGCCGGAAAUGAACAGGAUCCCCGGGCUCAAGCUCGCGCCUGGGAAGAUAUGCCGGAAGAAGACCGUCGCGUGUGGAAGCAACGCCUCGUGGACGCGGGCCACUGGACCGUCGAAGAGGGCGAGCAUAUCCUCACCGGAGUCCUGUUUGCCGAGUACGGUGGCUUGGUUGGGGAUGUUAUUCGGGGUGUGCUUUGA